CAAGUAAUAACAAUUAAAGUAACGACUAAAUAAUCAAACCAAACGAUUGGAAACAAUCUUGAAUUGUAAAGUAAGUGUCAUCCCCGUAUGAUUAUGCGCACAUUCUCAGGGCGACGCGUGCACCUAGGCGACAGUUUUAAAACUUGUUCAGCGGAUCUUAAUCAUUCCGUUCUCAAGUCUGUCGGAGAACACGUUUGAGCCCACUGAUAAUCAACCCGAGCGAUGGCAACCGUGUUUCUUGGAACUGUCGUGCACACCAAGUCGUUCAGCGAGUUCGAGUCCUUUGAAAGGGGAUUCCUGGCAGUGGACGACGCUGGCAAGAUAAUAGGAGUGGGCCAAGACUACCAUGCGUGGGCAAGCAGCAAUCCGGCCCACGCCAAGGGUCUGACCGAGGUCCAGCUGUCGGACUACCAGUUCCUCAUGCCGGGCUUCGUCGACUGCCACAUACACGCCCCACAGUUUGCGCAAGUGGGACUGGGACUAGACAUGCCUCUUCUGGACUGGUUGAACACGUACACUUUCCCGCUGGAGGCGAAGUUUUCCAACCAACAAUUCGCCCAGCAGGUCUACCAGAGUGUGGUCGAAGCAACACUGCGGUGCGGAACCACUCUGGCGUCCUAUUUCGCCACCAACCAUCUGGAGUCAACGCUGACCUUGGCGCGGGAGGCGGUGCGUCAAGGCCAGCGGGCACUGGUAGGCAAGGUCUGUUCCAACUGCAACAGCCCCGACUUUUACGUGGAGACUGCGGAAGAGUCGGUCAGUGCAACCCUGGCUUUCGUGGAGGGCGUGCGGGAGCUCGGCAGCCCGUUGGUGAUGCCGACGAUUACGCCCCGCUUUGCCCUUAGCUGCAGCAAGGAGCUGCUAAAGAGUCUAGGCGAUAUAGCGAAGCGAUUUGACCUGCAUAUCCAGAGUCACAUCAGCGAAAACCUGGCAGAGAUCGAGAUGGUAAAGGGGAUAUUUAAGACCAGCUAUGCCGGAGCAUACGACGAGGCUGGACUGCUAACGAAUAAGACGGUAAUGGCUCACGGCGUGCACCUGGAGGACGACGAGGUGGCACUUCUUAAAGUCCGCGGGUGCUCGGUAGCCCACUGUCCCACUUCGAACACAAUGCUAAGCUCGGGUCUCUGCGAUGUCCAACGGCUGGUGAGCGCCGGCGUGAGCGUAGGUCUUGGCACAGACGUUUCGGGGGGAAACUCCGUCUCGAUUCAGGACGUUCUGCUGCGCGCAUUGGACGUGUCAAAACACUUGGACUUUUUUAAGAAGCAGAACAUCCGCGGGACGGGUGUGGCCAAAACACAAGAUUUCAACUACGAUCAGUUGAAGUACAAGCAGGCGCUCUACUUGGCCACUUUGGGUGGCGCCAAAGCGCUGUCCCUCGAUCAAGUGACCGGAAACUUCGCCCUAGGGAAGGAUUUCGAUGCCUUGUUGGUGGAUGUCAGCGUCGUCGAGAAACCCUUGCGGAGGCUGAGCGUCGAUGAGCUGGUGGAGAAGUUCAUUUACACAGGCAGUGACCGCAACAUUGUAGAGGUUUUCGUUGCCGGCAAGCGUAUUAAACAGGGAUACCAAUAAGUCACAGAGCAGUCUACCUUUAACAGCGGCAUUUCACAAGGAAACGUAUAGAGAAUUUAUUUUUAUAGUGGCAAACAUUAAAUGCUGAAACGGAAUUUUGGAUUAGAUAACCUCCAAUAUACUUAAUUAUGUACACAGCUAAAAGUAAAAGCAAAUUGUUCUUUA